GCGGGUGGCGGCGAUGACGGGGGCGGUGCGAGGCUCCCCUCAGCGUCAGGGCCCGGCAGCUCUGCGCGUCCCCGCGGGGGCCGGGCAGGGGAUCUGGCAUCGUUAGGGGCACACGGGGCGGCAGGGACGGGGGCCCAGUGCGUUUUGGGGUUCCCGUAGCGGUAGGGCUGUUGCCCCGGCAGCCCUCUGGGGUCCCCACAGCUGCAGCCGCAGCUCUGACAUCUGGUUAGGGGCAGAAGGCCCGGCAGCUCAGGAGCAGAUCCUCCCUCCUCAUGGGGCUGGUGGCAGCGCUGCUGUAGGCCUCAGUUAGAAAUCCCUGCUGCUGUAAAGGGAGGACUGGGGGCCUUCACACUAUAAAGGCAGGUAUUUUGCCACAGCAGAGCCAGCAGAGAGAUCCCCGUAGGUAUUGUGGUGGGUCUGAGCCUCUGCAGCAAAUGUGCAUGGGGAAGGCCUGCUGUAGGUGCAGGUUGGGUCCUCUGUGUUGUGAGAGCAUUUGGAUGUAGCUCAGAGACCCUCUCCUCUAUUCUUUUUCUAUGCAGAGAUCCCUGUGGCUAUAGACACAGCCCAGAAGCCACAACAAGCAGCUGGGGACGAGGGACGAGCACUUCAGCCUGCUGCUGGGAGCCGUGCCCACCAGUUGUGGCUCUUCUAUGCCUGUAACUGGUAAUAACCAUGGCAGCUCUGGAGGACAGAUGGGUUUCUUCCUUCUCCUUCCUGCUCUUCUGUGCUGUCUCCAUUCCAAUUCUGGGAAGUGCAAGUCUGGUACAGGAGUUGAGUCCCCAUGAGUAUUUCAGUGGCUUGCAAGCUAACAAGGCUUCCCUGGCUUAUUUCAGCCGUACUGUUUCUCCUGGUGUCCAGCUCUUCUUGGAACAGAUUGAAAACUCGGUUGAGGCUCUGCACGACUAUGGCAUUUCAGUGGUGAAGGUCAAGUGUCCCAAAGAGGAUGUCUCAAGAUACUGUGGAAAAGAGAAUGCAUUAAGGAAAGCCUACCUGUUCAGAGGUAACGUGCUGAUCAGAGAAUUCCCUACUGAUGCCUUGUUUGAUGUGAACUCCAUUGUUGCUAAUGUUCUCUUUGCUCUGCUAUUUCAUGAAGUUAAAUAUGUUGAAACACUGACGGAUCUUCAGAACAUAGAAAAUGCGCUGAAAGGGAAAUCGAACAUGGUCUUCGCAUACGUACCAGCUACUGGAACAGCAGAGCACAGAGCUGUGAUGGAGGUGGCUUUUGUCUAUGGAACUGUCCACCAGUUUGUCCUAACAACUGAGGCGACGCUGUUGAAAGAUGCUGGCAGCAACGAUCCUGAUGUAUCAUCUGCCCAGCUGUUGUUCUGCCAUUGCCAGCAGGCCACAGACCUGGCACAGCCCUGCAGGAGGACACCCUUGGAGCACGAUCUGACAGUGCUAAACAUCCACAGGCACCUCAAACUCAUGGGAGCUCCUCUUGUGACUGAAGUUGCUGAAGACCCAGAGAAAGUUUCCACUGUUCACUUACAGCUUGGGCUACCACUUGUGUUUAUCCUCAGCCAGAAAGAAACCUACGAGGCAGACAGGAGAACAGCAGAAUUUUUGGCCUGGAAACUCCUGGGAAAAGCAGGAGUUGCCAUUUUGUCCAGGGACGUUGUGGAUUUGAACAUUCUGCGGCGAUCAAACAUUGCUCUCAAAACACCGGAUGAGGGAGUGCCAAUCAAAUACCUGGUCUUGGAAGACACUGAGGAAGUUAUAACUCUGGUGGAGGAUAAGAGCAAGGUUAAACAAAUCCAGGAGAAUGAGGAUGAAGAUGAGGAAGAUGAGGAUGAAAAAGAGAAUGACGACCAAGAUGUGCAGGAUGAUCAAGUGGUGGAAGCAGUUUCCAGGGACAAGAAGAGAGAGCUGCCUCUGGAUCAGAUCCUUACUCUGACAGAAGAGACCUUUCACUCUGCCAUGUUGGAAGCUGCCCAGACAGUGGUGCUGUUUUAUGCCAGCUGGGAGGCAGUGUCCCUGGUGGUGCUACAGUCUUACACAGAGGUGGCUGAUCACCUGAAAGGAACUCAGGGGAUUUUGCUCUCUCGAGUAAACUGCUGGGACUGGCCUGGUGUUUGCACAAUGGAGAAUGUCACUCAGUUUCCUACAAUAAAAAUUUACAAGAAGGGAGAGCAACCAAUAACGUACAAUGGCAUGUUGGGAACUGAAGAACUGACCAGCUUCAUCAUGUUGAGUCAGGUUUCCUGCCCUCUGAAGCUGGCAACGAUUGAUGAAGCAGAACGGUAUUUAAGCGGAGAGCUUCCAUCUGAGCUGUCAUCCUAUCAACACUCUUUGGUUCUAGGAGUAUUCAGCACAGCCACAAGUAAAGUCAGGGAAGCCUUCACAGAGGCAGGAAGCAUCUUAAGUGGACAUGUAACAACAGGGAUCUAUUUCGAAGAUGAUGUCUUGGCUUUGUCCCAUAAAUAUGCAGUGUCUCCUCCUGCCCUCCUCCUUGCCAGGAGCAGCAGUCAGAGCGUAGAAGGCAUCUCUUUGUCCAAGCAGAGUGCACAGGACAUCGUGCAGAUGAUCAGAUACGAAUUGCUGGAUGUUUUUCCAGAAAUCACCGUGCAAAAUCUGCCCCACUACUUGCAACUCAGAAAGCCAUUCCUCAUCUUCUUUAGCGACGGUGACAUUGGUCAGAUAGAAAGCAAAGAAAUGCUGAAACUGGCAAAAGGGAGAUCUCAGCAAGCAUUUGUGUCAUGCUGGUUGAACUUGAAGAACACUCCAGUGGGCCGUGGGGUCCUGAAGGCGUACUUUGCCACCAUACCUUCGUUGCCUGCUCUUGUCUGGGUGAACCUUCAUGCUGGUGGUCAAGUAUUUAAGUUCCCAUCAGAGCAGUCUAUCACUGAAAUGAACAUCUUGUCUUGGCUGGAGAAACUGAAGGCAGGACUGGAGAUUCCCAGCAGUACCCUGUCUGAGGAAGACUGGAAACCACCUCUUCCUGCUUACAAUUUCCUCCAGAUGAUGGAAGCCGCAGGGCCCGAAUUCACCCUCCAUACCUCCUCUCACCAAGAGGACAGACGGGAGCAGCAGCAGCUGGAAGGCUCCGAAGAAAAAGCCACAGUCAGGGAGGAACCGAUUGAGGAAGCCAGGGUGAAAGCAGAGAAAGCCCAGGGCCCUGGGAGGGACCUGCGGGGGACAGCCCCGAGGCUGGCAGGGAGGGAAAAGCAGGCCAGGAGGCACAGUGAGCUGUGAGUGGGAGGCUGUGGGACAGUGCCCAGAACGCUCUUUUGCUUUCUGGGUCCUCAGUGAGUCUUCAUGGCAGAGAGAGAAGUGGGUUCAACUGUAAAUUAACAGCGAUGGGAUAUAACGGCCCCUAAGUUUCAGGCUAAAUUCUGUGUUGCAGUGUGUUCUGUGGUACCUGUGAUUGCUGGUAGCAGAAACACAUCCAUACGACACAUAGCUUGGCCCUGCUGGGUGCAGUCCGUGUUGCAUUCCACAGUAAAUGGUGAGAGCAGGUAUGCAUGAAGGUUGCUGCUGAGUUCUGCCUGCCUGAUCAUUAAUGGGGAGGCAGAGUGAGCUCACUUGGCAUACUGAGGGCUUGCCCACACAGCAAAUUAUGCCGGAAAAAUUGAAACACUGCGGCUUUUCUUCACAGUUUAUGUAUAUCUGGGCAGGAAGAGAGUGAGUGAUUCCAGGAUAAAGAGCAUUUAUCUUCCCUUCAUUUCAGUAGAAGCUCUACAGACCUGUGUUGGCAAGCUCUGCUCUCCAUAAGCAGUUAAAUCUGCACGGUAACUGUGCAGGGCUGGAAGGGCAAACAUACCUCUGGCUGGAAGGCUGAAGUGUUUAAACUGACAUGCGAUUGUUUACACCUGAGUGGUGAAUCGAAUCCAUGAGUGUUCUCAUUCCCAGGGGUAACAGCAUAUCUGGCCAAAGCGGCUUUAUUAUGAAGAGCUCAGGUCAUCACAACAGCUGUGAGUACCCAAAAUAAAAAUGUGCCAGCAAAGCCCAAGGGCGGGCAGAUUGGAAGAUGGCUUUGCUCAAUGCUGGCAUUUUCUUGGUUGUGAGCCCAGGGGGUUAUUUACAGCCUCUGCUGUUUUUCUUUGGUCUCGGUAACAGCAGUGGGGUUGGUGCCUUGUGAGCCAAGGAUGGUGCAGGAAAUGAGAUCUGCAGAAAGACCAGCGUAGAGAUAAGGGGAGAGAAGUGAGAUGCAAGGCUGGCAGUGCUGGGGACGGGUGGUGCCAGUGUGGGACAGAGCUGUUUCACAUCCUUCGGGUGAUGAGUGGGAGAUGUGGGGUGUGGGGAAGUGGCAUUUCAGCCUCUGCUGCUUUCCUUGGGACUGUCUGACUCCGUGCUACAAGACAGCAUGGGAUAUGACCUGGGGAGAGCAAUGUUUUAGGAAGAGAGCUUUGUCUAAUUCCACCGAUGGCCACAACAGCCUUCCCACUGCCUUUAGUAAACAUCUGCUCUGUUCCACAGCCCUGCUGAGAUGUGUGGGGAGGGUCAGAUCCUCCCCCUCCUUAUGGCUCCGAAGCUACUGGUGAGGGGAAAAAAUGAUGUUAAGGAAUUGCUAAGAGCGCUGUGAAGUCUCUCUCGUCCUGCAAGCAGCCCACAUAGAUGGGAAUAUUUUGAAAUGCCAAGGAACAGACCAUUAGUCCUGUGCCCUCCGUGAAGCCCGUAAUUGAAACAGACCAUUUUUGGACUCUGACAGGCUCAGAGCCAGAAUGUAUGUAUUUAAAGUAAUAAACUGUAGUAUGCGGUACACAGUCUUCCAUGCAACUGCAUUUUCCCAAGGAAAGGGAUAGGUCAGUGUGCAAGCAGAGCCUCUGUGAGUUCCCAUCGUUCCUCUGCAACUCGAAGCUGUAACACUGUGCUCCAUGACCUGUACACGGGUCAUUGCCAGCACUAUCCCAGCACUGGUGGCUGCUUUCCCUCUUACUGCAUCUCUCUCCCUCUUCAGGCAGACAGUGUGCAAUGUUUGGGCUUUUCACUCAUUUCUUAAAUAAACCCUUAUCUCAAGUUCA